UAUUGUCUUUUAAACUAUCAUGAUAAGUCUUAUGUACUAGAAUAUUCGAAAAUGCAUCCACCACAAAAACCAGACGACUCCGAUUGUUGUAAUUCAGGAUGUACUCCUUGUAUUUUCGAUAUUUAUGAACAACAAUUAAAGCUUUAUGAAAAAUAUUUAAAAUCUCCUCAAACAGAUCUUGAAAAUUAUACAAAUUGCUUAUCAUUAACAAAUUAUUCUUAUUUUAAAUUGACUAGUGUUGAAAAACUUAAUUUGGAUACUUCUGCGUAUAUUUUUCAAUACGUAGAAAUUUCGAGGGAGGAUACAAUUCAACGUAGAUUGUUUUAUAAACCAGGACAACAUUUCUUAUUAAAGAAUGUAAAUAUUUUGGACGAUGAUUCUUUUCAAGAACGAAAUUUCGACGAUACACCUUGUACUCGAGCGUACACUCCAAUCCCUUCCGACGCAGAAAAAUCUAAUAUGAAUUCCUUUACGGUAAUAAUUAAAAUUUAUCAGAAUGGUAAAAUGUCUCAAUUUAUAAAAAAUUUACAAAUUGGGAAUCUAACAAAAUGGCGAGGUCCGUAUGGAAAUUAUGAAGUCAAAUAUACAUAUAAAAAUUUAUUAUGUAUAUCCCAAGGAACAGGCAUUGCUCCAAUUUAUUCUGUUAUCCGGCAGCUUUUGGAUUGUGAUGAAUGCGAAACUAGAAUUCAAUUAUUUGCAUGUUACAAAAAUUUGGAUGAAACUUUGUUACGUAAAGAAAUUAACAACAUGAAAAGUUAUUGGAAUUUUAUGGCAAAAUUAUUUUUACCUCAUGAAGCUGAUCCUAAAAAUUUAUUUUAUAAUGAACAAAUUGAAUGUAGACGUAUCAUAGAAGAGGAUGUAAACACUUAUUUUACUAGUAAUUUUGUGGAUCCAAACAGGACUCAGGUUUUAAUUUGUGGAAGUGAUAUAUUCGUUGAAACGACGAAAAAAUUUGUACAAAAAUUUAUUGAAAAAAUUAAUUUAUUUGUAUUUUAA